AUUAGCGAUACAAUAAUGGAGCAAAAGCUCAUCACCCAGUAUUUGGAGCCGGCAUUGGCACCUUUAUUUGAUGACAUCCUGCAGGAUACACUAUUUCGUUGGACUGCCACAAUAAAUCAAGAAUCAAAAGCAACCACUGUUAUAUUCAUUAGCAGGAGCAGGCCAGAUGCGUAUGUCUCUGGAUUGCAUGGCAUCACUUGGGGCAUUGGCCGAGGCUUCAGCGAGAUAAAUCUUCGAUAG